AUGCGAGGACUGGAACCCAAAAAAGAUGGCCAAGACCCACCAUCGAUCUCAGCCGACAUUCACGACGUAAGGCCACCAAAAGAACGAAGAAGAAAGUUCUCCGGUGGUGAAGCUGUUGAGGCUUUAGACGGCGAAGGAGCGGCGUUUCUGGUUGUUUACGGUUCCACAGCGACGACAACUUCUCCAAACUCUAACCAUUGUUGCUUCGUUCGACUGGUCUCGGUGGUCAACCAUGUACAGCUCGAAGCCCGGUCUCGUUUGGUCCUUGUUGCUCAUGGUGUCGCCGGCAACAGAUGGUGA